AUGACUGCCGGACUUCAGGUUCUGCCAUUCAUGCUUGCCACUGUAGUUUCAUCUAUUGUGGUGGGUGCUCUAGUCACGACGGUCAGCUAUUACACCCCAUUUCUGAUUUCCAGCACCGCUCUUGCUGCUAUUGGUACCGGUCUUAUUACCUUAUACGACGUGGAUGUUUCAAUGGGGAAAUGGAUCGGGUACCAGAUUGUUGUCGGUGCCGGCAUCGGUGCGGGUCUUCAAAUCCCCAUGACAGCCGUGCAGACUGUACCGAAGCCAGAGGACCGUGGGAACAGCCGCUAUCACACACUGGGGGGAGCCAUCUUUAUUGCAGUGGGUCAGUCGGUCUUCCAGAAUGGGUUGAUAGAAGGCAUUCGCACAUAUGCGCCCGAUGUUGAGGCACGUGCGAUCAUCAGCGCCGGGGCUACCGAGAUGAGGCACGUAUUGAUUACUUUGGGUCACCUCAAUCAACUUGACGACGUAAUUCGAGCUUAUAUGAACGGAUUGCGGGAUACCUAUCGCGUUAGUUUGGCUUUGAUGGUCGCAGCGUUUGUGGCAGCUUGCUUCCUCGAGUGGAAGAGUGUAAACAAGAGGGACGAACGGCAGGAUGAGGAUACAACAACCGCUUCUUAA